AUGGGCAAACAUCGUCGUAGUCUAACUCCAUCGACGCUGGCACGGAUUCUCCAUUAUAUGCCUCAGACACCGCCCAAUGCUCGGAGACCUGGACGAAAAUCACGGAGGCCCCCUCCUCCUUCUACACCGCCCCCAGAGGCAUCCACCGUCGAAGAGUCAGAAACCGUGCCGCCGCCCAUCGAUCCCUUUACCUGUGCGCCUUCUGACACUGGUACGCGAAAGAACACGCCGUUUCCAAGGUCCCUUUCGAGGGAGUCCACACCCUACGAUCAGGAACCUGCACCGGUCGUGGUCAAGAGGGAGAGUACCCCUACCCCUACUCGAGAGCUCUCGCCCGAGCGGGAGGAUACUCAGGCUGAAGAGCCGCCCGCCAGAAAGAGCAGGGAGAGCACCCUAGCCUUACCCUCGAGUCAGGAGACGCCCGAGCUAAAGGUCUUUGAAGAGAAAUUCUUUGGGGUUUAA